UUAUGAAUAUGAUGGAAUAUGAAACGUCAGACGAUUCUUCUAAUUCAGAAAAUGGUUCUUUUACCAGCGAAUCAACUAUUCAUGAACAAGAGGUUAUAUCAAAAAAGAUUGCUAAGCUUAAAAAGAGAAUCUCUGAACUUGAAGAUAUUUCCACAGCGAAAGAAGUAAUGCCAAAAAAAGUAAACAAAAGGCCAUUAACACCAUUAACUCCAAAUAAAGUACACGAUAUAGAAGACGAAUUUUCUUUUGAUAAAACCCCUAAAGUGACAACAAAUAAGGGAAGCAAAGGAAAUAAAGUGCGUACUUUAGAAGACAAAUCGUCCAAUUAUAAAAACUCUAAUAUGGCAACGAGUAAAGUAAAAAAGGGGCAUAUUAUCGAAGACGAAUCUUCUGAUGAUAAAACGACAAUAAAAAAAGCGAAAAAUGGACAAAUCAUAAAUGACUUUUCUAGUAACAACGCUGAAAAAGGACCAUUAAAACAAUUAAAACGAAGUCGACAACAAUUUUCCGAUGAUACUGAAUUUUCUAGUGAUGAUCCCGAACAGCCGGUAUUCAAGAAGAAAAAUAUAAAUUACCAAAAAAUCUCUUCUUUUCUUCAUAUUCCAAAAAGAAUCUGGCAUGGUUAUGUG